CCUGACUACCAUUACUCUCACUCGCUCUGAUCUUGAUUUUCUCAUCAAUCCCCCUGCAACAAGGACAAUAUAAUGGCAGCAACUUAUGAAAACGAGCACCCAGUGAAGGCGUUUGGAUGGGCAGCUAGGGACACCUCUGGAGUUCUUUCUCCUUUCAAGUUUUCCAGAAGGGAAACGGGUGAAAAGGAUGUGCAAUUCAAGGUUUUGUACUGUGGGGUAUGCCACACCGAUCUUCACCAGCUCAAGAAUGAAUGGGGUAACACUACCUAUCCCAUUGUACCCGGCCACGAAAUUGUUGGUGAGGUGACUGAGGUUGGGUGCAAGGUCGAGAAAUUUAAGGUUGGGGACAAAGUAGGCGUGGGAUGUAUGGUUGGAUCCUGUCGCAACUGCAAAUAUUGUGCCACCGAUUUAGAAAACUACUGCCCUCGAGCUACACCAACUUACAAUGCUAAUAAGACCAUGACAUUUGGUGGCUACUCCGACAUCAUGGUGGCCGACGAGCACUUUGUGCUCAGGUGGCCCGAAAAUUUACCUUUAGAGGCAGCUCCAUUGCUUUGUGCCGGUAUCACAACUUAUAGCCCCUUGAGAUACUUUGGACUGGACAAGCCUGGAAUGCACAUCGGGGUUGUUGGUCUAGGCGGCCUUGGCCAUAUGGCUGUGAAGUUCGCCAAGGCUUUUGGAACUAAGGUGACGGUGAUCAGCACCUCCGCUAGUAACAAAGAAGAGGCUAUUCAACGUCUUGGCGCAGACUCGUUCUUGAUUAGCCGUGACCUACAACAAAUGCAGGCUGCGAUGAACACAUUGGAUGGUAUAAUCGACACAGUUUCUGCUGUUCACCCUAUUAUGCCAUUACUAUUCUUGUUGAAAACUAAUGGAAAGCUGGUCAUUGUUGGCGGCCUAGAAAAACCACUUGAGUUGCCAGUGUAUCCCUUGAGCAUGGGUAGGAAACUGGUGGCUGGGAGUAGCAUUGGUGGGAUUAAGGAGACACAAGAAAUGCUAGAUUUUUCAUCAAAGCACAACAUAACACCAGAUGUAGAGAUUAUCCCAAUGGACUAUGUCAACACUGCUUUGGAACGUCUCUUGAAAGCUGAUGUCAAAUAUAGAUUUGUCCUUGACAUUGUCAAAACCCUCAAAUCUGAAUAAACAUCAAAUCUGACCUUGGUAGUUGCAAUCAAAUAUUUCUUACAACUAUACUAUAAUCAUGAUCGAUUACAUGUCAAACACUUCAUAUAUGAAUCUUUAGUUUUAAAUUUAUCAUAUUAUGAACUUAGUGGUACGUAUCUGGUUCACAAAAUCUUGAAUUACCUCCAGGAAGGUAAUGCGAGAUUUUGGGAAUAUAAGAUUACCUUAUGGGGUCAUUUGAUUCAGAAAUGUCAGAUUACCUUAAGGAAUGAUAUAUUGCUUGGAAUGUUGAAUUCCUAAAAAUGUUAUAAUCAUGUGUUUGGUUAAAAUGAGAUAUGUAAUAUAAAGUUGUUUGGUUAAA